CGUCAAGCCAACCAGGCGGAAGCUCCCCACGUCAACACCAUCAUCCCAAACGAAACGAACCAUUCUAUCGAUACCUAUCUUGUCCAUAUUCAACAACCAACGAUAACACUUUCUCAGCGAGCGCUAUACAUUCACGAACAGCGACCGACUUCUACUAUUUCGUCGACGUCUCUUGUUUACGAAACGAUACCCCGCAUUCAGAUCAUUCUCGAUUCCCAACUCUAGUUGACCAUGGAUCACCGCCCGCAAGCUUGGGGUCGUCCCAGAGACGAUGUCUACGGCGCCUAUGACCAUUCCUACCUCCAGAACAGCGGCCCGAAGCAGGCGACACAAGCACCCAUCGUGACGGGUACCUCCGUCAUUGCAAUGAAGUACAAGGACGGUGUAGUUAUGGCCGCGGAUAACCUUGCCUCCUAUGGCUCCCUAGCCCGCUUCCCCGACGUCAAGCGCCUCCGCGUCUUCCUCGACUCCUCCGUCGUCGGCUUUUCCGGCGACGUAUCCGACAUGCAAUUCCUCGACCGGCACCUGACGGACCUCUCCAUCGAUGAAGCGUACGAGGACCCCUCGUGCACUGCUGCUCCCAACGGCAAGGGUCACCUCAACGCCGCCAACCUGCACAAGUAUCUGCAAAAACUCCUCUACAAGCGGCGCAACGAUUUCGACCCGCUUUGGAACCAGCUUCUGAUCGCCGGUUUCGACGGCCACUCCAAGCCCUACCUGGCCAGCGUUGACCUGCGCGGCACUUCUUUCACUUCUCCAUCCCUGGCGACGGGUUUCGGAAGCGCGCUGGCGCAGCCCAUCAUGCGUCGGUAUGCGGAGACGGAGGAGGAUGCGGCCAAGUUGACGCGCGAGCAAGCCGUUGAGGUUAUCAAGGAGUGCAUGAAGGUGCUGUAUUAUCGCGACGCGAGGAGCUUGGAUCGGUACAGCAUUGCGGUUGUGACGAAGGAUGGCGUCGAGCUGAAGGAGGAUGAGCAGCUGGAGAAGCAGAGCUGGGCUUUUGCUGAGCGGAUCAAGGGAUAUGGUACUCAGACUGUUUGAGGUGGUCUAUAGAUAGCACCGUGUAGAAUGAGGGUAGGAUAAUGAGACCUAGGGGAACAUCAUGAACUCAAACGAAUAGAGGGUCAUACGCCGAAGACAUCGUGUCCGUUUGCUAUUCCGGAGUAUGGGAAUUGACACGCUAUCACAACAUGGCAUUGGCUUGUCUAUCCGGCUCCCACUACGGUCAACUUUCUUCCCUUAAACUGUGCAACACGCGUGUCUUCAUGAGCAGAAACGGAUUCAACUCCUUUCGCAAGUACAUUAGCAAGAUAGUAAUAUCAUUACUGUUACUAGCUA